GAAUACCUCUACACCCCUUCAAGAAAGAAAUAGGGCAUUGCCCGGAUCCAAGAAAAAGACAAAGAAUGUCAAAGAUCUUCAGUCAAACAGGCACCUCCAGUAGCCUUCUCUAUUCUUCUUCGACGUCAGCAGCUACAAGCGCACGGACAAGAAACGGAGCUGGUGCAGGUCUGGUGUUCGCCGCGACAGACGGAAGCGGCGGCGGUAGCGGCCCCGCCGCCUUCAUACAACCCUUCCCGUUUCUUGAAAAAAGAAAAAAGCCCGCCCCCGCCCGAACCGCCGACCCUUUGGGCUUCUGCAUGGGCCUUGGAACCGCCUGUAGCCCCCCUCGCGAACCGCCUCCGGUUCCGCGCGAUUUCCUCCCGGUUCACCCACCUGCACGCCGCCCACUCCGCUUCCGUUGGCGCCCGGGAGCUCGUGUGCCCGAACCGGGUUUGUUACGCGGUCCGCCCGGCAUGUGGCUGGACAAGAACCAACGGCCGGCGGAGGAGGAGCACGCGGGGGCGGCACCGCCCUCUUUGAAGAUGGGCAUUUCCGACUUGAGAACCGGGGUUUUGGGGAUGAAGGAUAACUGUGACGGCGGCGGUAGUGGCGGCAACGGCGACGGGGAAAUGGAGAGAGGCGGCUGUUCGUCGCAAUUGAUGAGGGGAAGCGACGAGGAGGAGAACGGCGGUGGAACAAAACACUCUUAAUCCAAAACAAAAGGUUGCUUUAGCAAAGCUGCUGAAUCUUCGUCCACGCCAAGUUGAAGUGUGGUUCCAAAACAGAAGAGCAAGGAUUAAGCUGAAGCAGACGGAGGUAGACUGCGAGCAUCUAAAGAGGUGCUGCGAGAGACUGAAGGAGGACAACAAAAGGCUGCAGAAGGA